UCUCGGUUCUGCAGUGGAACACUCGAGAGCUUUAAACAACAUCCAUCACACACGGCUGCUCUCUGGUCUCUCCUCACUUUCUAUUUUAGCUCGGGUCAUGGCCGGCUGCAGCAGCUACUUACGAGGACUCGCCAUCUGUGUCACCGUGCUGCUGCUGGUGUCCGGUGUGGUGAUGAUUGGAGUUGGAUUCUCCUCCAUCGAUGACAACGUACCAGUCGCUGAGUUGUUUGACCAGUUGUCCAGUGGUGAUGGUUUACUGGUUCUGCAGGUGUUCGGUCCAGUUACAGUGUUUCUGUCGGUUCUGGGCAUCAGUGCUGCAUCUUUGAACAUCAAACCUCUGCUGUGCGUGUUUUCUGCUCUGAUAUUCGUGGAGUUCGUGGCUCUGAUGGUUGUAGCUUCACCGCUGGUUCAGGUUCAGGCUCAGAUGGACGGAGCUGUCGAGGAGUUAUUCCUGAACGUAACUCCGCUCCACAGAGCAGAACGUUACAUCCAGACUGAACUCAACAAACUGGAGGCCUCGGACUCUUGUUGUGGUUUGAGGAGUUUUGAAGACUGGGAGAAUCAACUUCCUGUUUCCUGUUUGUGCACAACUCCCUCGGAUCUGGACACCAGAGUUCCUCCUGCUAACUCCAGCUCAGAGGGUCCUUGUGUGAGGGUCUCAUAUCAGUUCUGGGUUCACUCCAAGCCCUGUGGUCCCAUCCUGAAGAGCUACCUGAGUUUUCCCAUCAAACUCCGGAUCGGGAUCAUCUCAGCAUUCGCCACCAUCACGAUGGCGGCCAUCGCUCUGUGUCUGGCUCUGGGUUUAGAGAAAUACUGGAAAACUCCUCCGGUGGAAACUACAGUCGACGACUACAACAGAGUUAAAUACCAACCGAAACCCACCUACACCUGACCUAAGACCUCCGACUUCUGACUUUUAACAACUUAACCAAAACCAAGGCAUUUAUACUCGAGGAUCACAAAAACCACAUCUGGCUUUUUGGGAAUCAGAAAAUGUUGACAAAAUAACACAAAAAUCCAACAUUUUCCAUCAUUUCAUCUGGACUUUUUGUCUUGGAGGCAGCGGAUCUUCACUUGUUGGUUCUUCUUUAAAGAUUCGUCAGUGGGAAAUUGGGCAACGAAGUCUGUUUUCAACCAGCGUUUCCAUAAUGUUUGGUUCUUAAAAUAAAUCAAAAAGGCCAGUAAACACCAGCAGCUCCACAGACGAACCACUGCGGCUUUAGAAACAUUACAGUUUCCUCUGUUUAAAGGUUUGUGUGUGUAGUUUCAGCCUUCUGCCACCAGAUGGCGGUAAAGAUAUAAAUAAAGACUGUGGCUGGUUUCAGGUCAGUUUCAGUCCGUUUUCUCACAGCUUCAGUCAAUAAAAGAAUUAAAAGCUUCGAGAA